AUGGAUUCAAUCGAAACUUCUUAUUAUGUUCCUGCUGACAAUAUUCCUUAUAACAGUAACGCUCAAACUCCACCUUACAUUUUUUCUAUUUUUCCAACUUUUGACAUUUUUUCAUCGGAUAACACUUAUUUUAACUAUAAUCCAUUUUCUGAAAAUUAUUUUGAGACGAACCCUCUUGCAAAUGUUCUUCUAAACGGUAAUGGAGCACCUCCAAAAGCGACUCCAAAAGCGCCUCCAAAGGCAUCCCAAAAGGCACCCCCCUGUAAAUGGACCGGAAACGACACUGAACUCUUUCUCUCUUUAUUGAAAAAAGAAGGUAAUAAAAAAAUGUUGAAAGAACUAGCAGAUAAACGCGGUGGUAGUCGUUUUAGAAAAAGUUAUCUUUGGAACAAUGUCGCAUCUAAGUUAUCAAAUAAUAGAUUUACUCCCUAUCAAUGCGAGAUAAAAUGGAAAAACAUUAAACAGGUUCGAAAG